AUUAAUUUUCUUAUGCUUUGGUCCGCAAUGGAGGCCUCAAAAGAGGAGAAAACGUGUGGAGGCAGUGAUAGACCGUUAGUUACACAUGUUUUCACCCCUGUUCUUACACCGUUGGAGAUGUGGUUUCUCGUGUUUUAGACCGAUUUCACGCUAGGUUGUGCUUGUUUGUGAUAUUUCAGGUCCUGGCAAGUGAAUGAAGGUUUAGGAGCGAGUUCGGGGUCGAUUGGGCGAAGAUCGGGCGUGAGACAAGUCACAAAGGAGGUCACACGGGCUGCCUUGAUGUUCACACGGCCGUGUGAAGGAGUAGUCUGGCCGUGCGAGUUUUGCCGAGAGCAAACACGGGCAGAGCAGGACAUCCACACGGCCGUGCAAGAGGCCAGUCUGGCCGUGUGGAAUUCUGCGUGAGCAAACACGGGCAAAAAGGAAGUUCACACGGUCGUGCCACUCUGGCCGUGCAAAGAGCCUGGAAUUCGAACUAAUUGGAACGCAGCGUUUUGACUCACACGGGCAACUGGGUAAGCCACACGGCCGUGCCACCCUGCCCGUGUGAGUCGGGAUUUUCUGCUUAAAACCCGAUUUUCAGCCAAAGGAGAAGAGGAGAGCUGGGUUUUUGGAUCCCAAACACCCAAUGGACGAACCAAAGAGAGAGAGGGCGAUUUGAGGGCAUUCUUGGAGUAGAGAAGGAGGAUUUCUUCGCCUUGGAAGCUUGAGGAACAAGCCCGGACUUGAAGACUGAUCAUCUGAAGAUUCUUACUGCAGUCUCUCUCUUCUCUAUGGAGUAACUUCCCUUCACUUAGGUUUUGAGGAACCCUAGCUAUGUUUGUUUGAUUGGAUGAUUGUACGAGUACUCUGACUUGAUAAUCUUGAGUUCAUAUUCAAUCUAUGCAUGUUUUCAUGAUUCAAUUCUGCUUUAGUCGAGAUUAUUGAUUCUGCUUUGAUCCUAUGAGAGGGAAUACCUGAUUAGGUCAAUAGAGCACCAUAGAUUGAUAGUAGUGGAUCGAUUGCUUUAGUCAAGUGUUGAUUCACUGCUUUGUAUCGAUUGAGAACCUCUUUCGAUAGAGGGAGUCUAGUUCAGAACGCCUUGAUCAGUUGUUCUAGAGAAGGAUACGUCCCUCUAGGCAAUUGACUCAAGAGGGCCUUGUUCCUUUAGUCGAGACUCAAGGUCUAGUCAAGGAUUCUCCGCAUUGUGAAUGAAAGUGAAACAGGUUAGAGAUCAUCAAUCAUUAAUCUGGCUAGUGGCUAGGGGGAAUCAUACCUAAGUGAGUUCCCAACCUGUAAUUAGAUUAACUUUAACUGUAGUUUGCUAGAGUAGUUUUAGUUCUUUCAUCUUAAUCUGAUUUGCUAAAUAAUAAACUGAAGCUGAGUAAUAGUAACUCUAGAGACCCGUGGAUUCGAUAUUUAUCACUUGAGCCACUAUACUGCAGUCCCUUUCAUUGGUUACACCUUCCCACACCCCAAACUGAGCUUUGAAGAGGCGGGCAUGAGUUCGGAGAUGCAAGAAGAUCUCAUGAAAGAAAUUGCUUGGCAACUUGCUCUCCAAUCCGUGCUAGAAGAAGAAGAGCAAGAAAGGGUGCAGAAAGAAGUUGUGGAGGAUGGCGAAAGUGAAGCUGGAGAAGUUCUUGAUCAUUUCCCAGGGGUGAUACCACAUGAAGAAGGAAGGGAGGUUAAAGAAGCAAUUGGCGUCCAGGCUGAGGAUGAAGUUGAGGUGGAAGAGGCCUGCACCGGCCAUGAGUUACAUGUGAUAUCUCCACCAAACUUCGAGGAACUGCUUAGCAAGGACCCAUUUGCAGUGUCUCUUUGCCAGACCAAGGCCACAUCGACAUCGGUCCCUCUUGGUGGACGCGAUGGUGGCCAAUCGAUGCUGUCUUAUCUGGUUUGGGGCAAUGAGACGAGAGAAGAGAAGAAGAGGUCUCGAGGGUGGAGACUUCAUCUGCAUCAAGUACAUGAGCCUUCAUCACCUGCCACACCACAUGCUCGUGACUUGAGACUCCACCUCAUCGACGAGAACCUCAACUUCAAGGAGGUUCUAGCAUGGACCGAAACUUAGGAGCCAUCGUCCGGCUCACGACGUGAAAGAAGCGCUUGUUGGGAGGCAACCCAACCAGUCGGUUUGCAUUUCUUUCUCUAUUUCUCCUCGGUUGAGUCAGUUUUGUUAUUUGAUUUUAGAGUCAAUAACUCAACCUUUGUGAGAUUUUGUGUGGUGUUUGUGUUCUGAUUACUCUCUCUUUCUGGAUGGCACCGCCUGACCCGUUCAUCAUCAUUCACCCUUGAUUUGGUAACUUCGUUCUACCCUCCUUAUCUUUCCUCCAUUGAGGACAAUGUCGUGCUUAAGUGUGGGGGGAUGUUCGAUUAUGUAUGCGGGUGAAUGUUUGGCUGUUUGUGUGCUUGGAGCCUAGUCCACUGUCCAAAUUUUUAAAUUUGAGGGCUCCAAGUACGUGUUCCUUGCAAUUGCCUGCUCAGUAUGCUUUGAAUUGACAGUCUUUAUAGUAAUAUGCAACCUAGGGAGGUAGUGUAGCACUAUGGAGGAUGUUGAUGCAUUUAAGAAGUCUCAUUUCUUCUUCAUAUUGAGUUGGUUGAUUGAGUGAAUUAGUGAUCUUAGGACCCUUGAAUUGUGUGGUGUUGUGGAUUCUCUACCUGUCAUGGACUCUUGUAUCAUGUUUUGAAAAUAACAGGUGCUCGAAAAUGUGCUUCAAAAUAAACGUCUCCCGUGCGA